CGGGCGGGCGGGCGGAGCCGGGGCGGCGGCGGCGGGGCCGGGGGCGGCCGGGGCAGAGCGGCGGGGCCCGGGCAGCCCGGGGCAGCGGCCGCCGCCAUGAAGAAGCAAUUCAACCGCAUGAAGCAGCUGGCCAACCAGACCGUGGGCAGGGCUGAGAGAACAGAGGUACUCAGUGAAGACCUGUUGCAGAUCGAGAGGCGCCUGGACGCCGUGAGGUCCGUGUGCCACCUGGCCCAGAAGAGGCUGAUUGCCUGUCUGCAGGGCCAGCAUGGCACUGACCCUGACAAGAGACACAAAAAACUUCCUCUAACAGCUCUGGCUCAGAACAUGCAGGAAGGAUCCAUCCAGCUGAGUGAUGAGACUCUGCUGGGGAAAAUGCUGGAUACCUGUGGGGAUGCAGAGAACAAACUGGCAAUGGAGCUGUCCCAGCAUGAAGUACAGAUUGAGAGAGAAGUUAUAGACCCACUGUGCCUGCUGACAGAGACAGAGAUCCCAAACAUUCAGAAGCAGAGGAAGCAGCUUGCAAAGCUGGUGCUGGACUGGGAUUCUGCCAGGGGAAGGUACAACCAAGCCCACAAGACUUCAGGAACAAAUUUCCAAGUGCAUCCUUCAAAAAUAGAAUCUCUUAAGGAAGAGAUGGAUGAAGCUGGAAAUAAAGUAGAGCAGUGCAAGGACCAGCUGGCUGCAGACAUGUACAGCUUCGUGUCCAAGGAGGGGGAGUACGCGCGCUGCUUCGUGACGUUAUUAGAAGCACAAGCAGAUUACCAUAGAAAAGCAUUAGCAGUCAUAGAAAAGGUCCUACCCGAAAUUCAAGCCCAUCAAGACAAAUGGACUGAAAAGCCAGCUUUUGGAACUCCCCUGGAGGAGCAUCUCAAGCGCAGCGGGCGGGAAGUCGCGGUUCCCAUCGAAGCCUGUGUCAUGAUGCUGCUGGAAACAGGGAUGAGAGAGGAGGGCUUGUUCAGGAUUGCUGCUGGAGCCUCCAAGUUAAAAAAGCUGAAAGCUGCCCUGGACUGUUCCACUUCGCAGCUGGAUGAGUUUUACUCAGAUCCCCACGCUGUUGCAGGUGCCUUGAAAUCCUAUUUGCGGGAGCUGCCAGAGCCUCUCAUGACCUACAGCCUGUAUGAGGAGUGGACACAAGCUGCAAAUAUUCAGGACCAGGAUAAGAAGCUCCAGGAGUUAUGGAGGAUUUGUAACAGAUUACCUGAGCAUUACCGUGUUAACUUCAGGUAUUUAAUCAAAUUUUUAGCCAAGCUUGCCCAGAACAGUGACGUUAACAAAAUGACACCGAGCAACAUCGCCAUUGUCUUGGGCCCCAACUUGUUGUGGGCAAAGAAUGAAGGAUCCCUUGCUGAAAUGGCAGCAGCCACCUCGGUGCAUGUGGUAGCAGUUAUUGAGCCCAUCAUUCAGCACGCAGACUGGUUCUUCCCUGGAGAUGAAGAUUUCAAUGUGUCUGGGGCGUUUGUGGCAGUUCCUGCUGUAAAUUCCAAUCACUUGUCACACACUGGCAAUGACUAUGAAUGUGGGACCCUGGAGAGGAAGAGGCCUCUGAGCAUGACUGUGAUGGAAGGGGAUUUGCUGAAGAAGGACAGCUUUGGUGUGAAGGUGCUGGAGCUGCCCGCGACGCCGCGGCGCUGUGGCACUGUGAGCAGAAAGCUCACGUCGCCCGCCUUCCAGCCGCCGCUGCCGCCCGGCGAGCCCGCGGGCACCGAGCAGCCCUGCCCGCCCGCCGGGGCUGAGCCCGGCCCCGGGGCUGCCCCCGCGCCCGCUGCUGCCCCCCCGGAGCAGCCCCAGCCUCCCGGCGCUGAGGAUGCCAGCACCUCGAAAUCCAAGGAGAGCGCGAGUGCAGCCACUCCUCCCCCGGUGAGGAACGGCGCCCAGGCGGGCCCUGCCCCGGGCCAGGCCGUGCCCAGCAGCUCCCAGCUCUCUGUCAGCCAGCCCCAGGGCGCUGCUGGGCCCAGUCCCCACGCCCUGAGGAGAGCCAUGAAGAAGCCGGCGCCAGCCCCCCCCAAACCAGCCAACCCCCCCCCGGGGCAGCCAGGAAGCCAAAGCUCUUCCCCAGCUGCCCAGCCACCUUCUGUCUCUCCAAAACCCCCUGCCAGAAGCUCUUCUCCUCCUGCCCAGCACCCAAACCAGGGAGCAGCCCAGACCUCCUCCCCUUGCCAGGUUUCUGCCCCUCGGAGAUACUCCAGCAGCCUGUCCCCACUCCAAGCCCCCAGCCACCCUCCCCCGCAGCCCCCAGCGCAGGCAACUCCUCCCCUGCAGCCCAAGGGCAGCAGCCAAGCCUCUCCUGGCAGCAGCCAAGCCUCUCCUGGCAGCAGCCAAGCCUCUCCUGGCGAGCAGGGCCCGGAGCAGCCCUGCUCCUCCUCCGCGCCCCUGCCGCAGACCCCGACCCCUCCCGACACGCCCCCGCUGGGCAAGCACCCGGGCAGCGCCCCGGCCGUGCCCCCCGAGCCCUGCCUGCCCCACGGGGGCACCCUGCCCCGGCCCCGGCCCGUGCCCAAGCCCAGGAACAGACCCAGCGUGCCCCCUCCGCCGCACCCGCCCUCCGCAGACGGGCUGGCUGCAAACCCACCACAAACGGCCUCCAAAAUCGUCACAGGUGGGGAUGGUUACUGCGAAUAAGAUGUUUGACCAGCAUUCAGUAGGAACUGUAUUGGCAAGUGCAAUGGUAAGGAAAAGGCCCCUGAUUGGCCGACACUGUUGCUAAUUGCUAAUUGCUAAUGAUGUGUGUGCUAACGACUAACCCCCCAGUGCCCUGCUGCGUGUGUCCCUGGCAUGGCCAGAGAGGGGCUGCUGCUGCUCCCAUUAACCCACUAAGCCCUGGAGAGCAGAAUGUGAAGCUCUUGCUGUGCCCUGGCCACUGUCCCUUGUGCUGUGCCGUGUGCAGGAGCGCAGAGCUGCUGUGUCCCUGCAGAGCCUCCUGCUGUCACCGCUGUCACCAGUGUCCCUGUGCUGUGUCACAAGUGCUCCCCCGGUGCCACAGCCUCCCAGAGAGCUGCUGCAGGGGCUCAGGCUGCUGGGUGCCCCUGCCCGUGCCAGCCUGGGGUGGGGUGGGGUGUAAGGUGCCUUCCAGCCCAUUUGGGGGUCUGGGGCUGAAGCUCGUGCUCAGUGCCAGGCCAGGGUGGGGUUCAGCUGCUCUGUGCAGGGUCCCAGAUCCCUGCAGCCUGGGGGCUCAGGAGCAGGGCAGGCUGCACUCAGGGGCUGCUUCCCCCUCUUCCAGGUCAAUCAGCUCAGAAACCUCCAACUUGAGCUUUUCUGCAGUAACUUCUGGGUUAACUCCAGGAUUUCGUGCUUGAGUUAUGAGUCCCAGUCUCUCUAGGAUGCCUGUCUGCACCUCCUGUGCUUGAAAACAAGGCAUUUAUUUGGAUUUUUUGUUGAUUUAAGCGAUCUAAAUGACUUCCUAUGUGGAGCAGCUGCUGGACUGCAGUAAGGGAUGUCAUGGCACAUUGUAAAUCAGCUUUCCAAAAUCCUGACAAGAUUUUCAGUUACCUUUCUUUGAGCUGCUAGGGGUUUUUCUGGUCUGAUAAUUCUAGCUGCCAGGGCAGUCAGUCACCAGAGAUGCAGCAGAGAUCCUUUUUUGACACCUUGGCUUGAACAAAAUCCUCCUCAGAAGAGGCAAAGACCAUGACAUGCCCUGUGUACACAGGAGAGAGGUUUAAUCUGCACUUGGUGUACAUAACUUGUGACACCAUCCUUGUUCCUGUUGCUUCUCAGAGUCACAGGUGCUGUUCCCUGCUGGAUGAUUUAGGUGCCAGAUCAUUUUGCUGAGUGUUGGACAUGAAAGUCCAGAGUAGCUCUCCAGGGGCACUGAGGAAUCUGAGCCUAAGUCAGGCUUGGUGUCCUCCCUCCCUCCCUCAGGAAGAAGAGGGUUUCUGUUCCUCUGCCCAGGCCUGGCCCAGGGGCUGUAGGAGGAGCAGUCCCAGCUGCCCAGCUGGGCUCAGCCCUGUGUGCCCACGGGGCCAGCUCUGUGCCCAGAGCCUUCGUUGAUCUCUGCUUUCCCUUCUCUGUCUAAGGAGAUGCCCAGGACCCCCCGACUGAGUGAGCUGGCCCUGGCCCGGCUGCUAAACUUGCUGUUCCCUUUUUGUGCAGACUCUAAUUCCAGUAUUCCAGAGCCACUUCCAAACCCUCCUCCAGAGCUUCCUGCAGAGCUGGCGGGCAGAGAGCUGCACAACCACCUGCUGCUGGACAUUGACAAUGACACGGAGAGCACGGCGCUGUGACGCGGCGCUCCGGCUUCCCUGGCUCCUCUCCGGGGGGAAAACCACAGACCUGACAGGGAAAGGCUUCUUCUGCAGCGUGCCACGGCCGGGCAGAGCUGGCCCUGGGGCCGCGUGGGGACACUGAGCUCCAGGGUGGCCGAGGUUGGAGGAGACCUCUCAGGAAACCGAGCCCAGCCUUUGGCCGCGCUCCGGUUUCGCCCUCAGAAGAAGUUUAAUGAUCUGGGUCUGGACAACGGUUUUCAAACUCUUGGAUGGAAGGAAUGAAUUCCUGCAGGAACUCGCCUAGGAAGCGUGGUCAGUGCUGCUACAGGUGGUGUUAGCAGAAAUUCCAAAAGAAUAAGAAGGUUAGUUAUUUAAAGUGCAUGUCUGUAUUACGGAAAUAAUCCUUGCCACGGCACGGUUAGAGGUCCUUGUAGUUCUUAGCCCGUCCCAGGAGCUGCCUCCCAAGGGACAUUCCCUCUCGGAUUUGCUGCAGAUUCCCCCCAGGCCAUGAAGCAAGCCCUGCCCCAGUGCUGGUGGUGACUGCUGGUUCUCAGUCACCUGUGGAACUGUGGAUGCAUCCAGUGCCUCGAAGGACUGUCGUGCUGUAGGAGGAACUUCUGUCUCUUUAAUCAUUUCAUUGCUACUUAGGAUCAGUACUUACCCUGAUUUCAUAGUUAUUUGUAUUAACCUGCUUUGUUCAUGUGCAACUGGCAACUGUUUCACGAGGAAACCGUGGAAAUGGGGUUUGUGCUUUUGUUGAAAACGGUUGAAUUUUGAAAGAACUUUGAAACAGCUGUUUGGAUUCAGAAGUUGAGUGAACAUUUAUAAAAUUAAAGAUUGUUUUUUGUCAACUUAA